AUCAGAGACGACUCAGUGUGUGUUGCGUGCGUGACUACGCGGUCCUGAAUGAAUCGCGCACGCAUGUAAAACGGCUAAAUCUUAUCAACGGGGUGGAGGAGGGGUUGUCUGUUAUCACUUGUUGAAGAAGUCCAGAGUGUUUGAACGACAUGGAAGGGUCUUCAGAUUUCAGGAUAAAGGAGUUGGUGAACAGUAUUUGCCGUUUGUUGUUGGGUGUGGAAACUAAAUUCAAUGAAAAUCCUUCGAUCCUUAAAAUAAACAACGAAAAUCUGUCAGAGUACGGAGACGUGUGUUUCUUGACGAACCUCGCUACUUGGAAAAAAGUGUUUCGAAAUAGUUUGAAAUCGACGACGAGUUGCAGGAAUAUACUCGAGCACUACUUAAUCAAAAAUGAGAUAAAAUUUGAGGAUUGCAAUGCUGCGGAAAAGGCCUUUCAGAAUAUAAUAAAAGCUAGCAGAAAUUGGUCUCUGAAAAUUGAGAAGUGUCAGCUUGGAAAUGAAAGAGUAUCUGUAUUUUUAAACAGAACCCAAACUUUUGCAGACGUACUAGCUCGUAUUGUGGUCAGAGACCAUAGCUAUGGACAAUUGGAGUCAAAGAGUGGAUCUUUCUUUUUUCAUAUCAUCAAAGAUCUAGACUCAGAUUUGACAAACCUACGUUUGCGUCUGAUUAAAGGUGUGGCUGAAAAUAUAGUCAAGGCCAACGGAUACCAGGUAUCUGAAAGUAGCGACAGUGACAAGUAUUAUGCGACCACCAAGUCAAAAAGAGAUUUGAAAAAAUAUCCCAAAAUACUGUUAUGCGGGGUUGCAAAGAAUUCUGUUACUGGAACAAAGGAAACUGCGCUUACAGAAGCCGAAUAUUUGAAUCGGAGGUUGGCGGAGCUAGCCGAUACAACAGAGCACAAACUGCCUGAUUUGGCUGAACCUAAACAUGAGCAGAAUUCUGUACUUUUGCAAAUCGCGGAGGCAGUGAUUGUGUUACAGUUUUUGGCUGUGAAACCUAGUCGUACUAUCACAAUUUCUUCCGAUCUUGGCUUGGACGAGAGUACUAUAAAUGUGAAAGGCUCGUCCUUUAUUUUUUACAAUACAGCUAGGAUAUCGGCGAUAUUUCAGAAAUUCGACGAACAAUACUUAAAAGGAGACUAUCCUAGUUUGCCAAGCAUCGAAGAGGUGGAUUUUUCGUUACUCACAGAAGCGGAGUGGGAACUGAUGCACAUCUUUUUACUUGGCUAUCCGGAGAUGGUGAAAACUUGUGCAAGGCUCACCGGAGAUCUGGAGAUUUGUCCACACUACAUAUGUUCGUUUUUGUCACGAUUGGUCAGCAAAUUCAGCGCCUAUUAUCGCCGAGUUCGCAUAUUGACUGAAGGACGAGAUCAUUUAUUACCAACUAUGAUGGCGAGAUUGUAUCUACUGAAGGCAAUACAGAUAGUAACACGCAAUGCCUUGAGGCUUCUUAAUCUAGAUCCAGUUUCGAGAAUGUAAUGAUAAAUGGGAAGAAAUUGAC